UCUGUGAUUUCUAACCUAUGUCUUUAACGUGUAGACGAGGUAAAUGGGCCUCGUCUAACAAUGUUUUAUCUACAGUUUAAUUCAAAAUGGAAGUCAACGAGAUAGCAUGCGAUCACUAUUAAAGAUAAUCAAAUUAUUGAUUACACGUCAUCAAUCGUUUAAGCUAAGCAUCAAAGCAGCUUCCCAGAUUAUGAAUAAUAUAAAAACAUUCGUAUUUUUGGAUCUGGAGACUACCGGUCUACCACAUUUGGAACAAAAUAAAACUAAAAUCACCGAACUGUGUAUGAUUGCUGUGCAAGAAGAGCACUUAGGCCUGAAAAAUGUGCCGCGAGUGCAAAACAAACUCAAUCUGUGUUUCAAUCCAACCAAAUUCAUAUCGCUCGACGCCGAACUAAUGACCGGUUUGUCGAAUGAGAAACUGGAGCAUUUGGGCGUUUUUUCGGACAAAACCGUGGAGUCUAUUAACUUGUUUUUAGACCACCAUCCCAAGCCGAUAUGUUUGGUAGCUCAUAAUGGCGAUAAAUUUGAUUUUCCCAUUUUGAGAACAGAGAUUGACAAGACUGGUGUGAAUUUGUUGGAUGGUCUCUAUUGCAUAGAUUCACUGAAACUUUUCAAAAAGUUAGAUAAAGCAGACAGCAGUUCAAAAGUGCCUAAACUUAGCAACAAAGGGGAGCUCAUUCCUAUAGAGUUAUGUGAUGGAUUUGAUGAACUGUUAUGCCAAGUGGCGGAUGAAUAUGAGCAAACUUCAAAAAGUAAUGUCCAAGAAGAGGAGAUAACAAAGGCAGUAAAAAUCCAACAAGUGAAUGAAACAACCCCCAAAAAACAAAUUAUUGGUUCCAAAGCAAUAGGUAAAUCCCGGGAAAGCAGGAAGAGGUUAAACUUUAGUAGUUAUAAAUUGGGCGACAUAUACCAAAGAAUGACAAAAUGUGCACCUCUAAAUGCACACCAGGCUGAAGCUGAUGUUACUAUGUUGAUUAUUUGUGCAUCAACCCUAGGUAGCAGAUUUGUGGAAGAAUCAAAUGCACUCUCCAAAAAGCUGUGUGACAUUCCAACACUAUCACAGAGAAAAUAA